AUGGCUACAAAUAUUACAUGGCAUCCAAAUUUAACUCAUGAUGAACGUAAAGUUUUAACUAAUCAAGCUGGUGUUACAAUUUGGUUAACUGGUUUAAGUGCAUCUGCUUAUAGAUUAGAUGGUGAUAACAUUAGAUUUGGUUUAAAUAAAGAUCUUGGUUUCAGUGAAGCUGAUCGUAAUGAAAACAUUCGUCGUAUUUCAGAAGUUUCAAAAUUAUUUGCUGAUUCAACUGCUGUUGCAAUUACUUCAUUCAUUUCACCAUAUAAAGUUGAUAGAAAUAAUGCAAGAAAAUUACAUGCUGAUAGUGGAUUACCAUUUGUUGAAGUUUUCGUUGAUGUCCCAUUAGAAGUUGCUGAAGAAAGAGAUCCAAAAGGUUUAUAUAAAAAGGCUAGACAAGGUAUCAUUAAAGAUUUCACUGGUAUUUCAGCUCCUUAUGAAGCUCCAGAUUCUCCAGAAAUUCAUUUACAUACUGAUAAAUCAUCAGUUGAAGAAUCUGCUAAAAUCAUUGUUGAUUAUUUAGUUUCUAAAAAUUACAUCACCAUUAACUAA